CUGACCGAUUGCGCUCAUGUCGGGUCCGCCCAUAAUGAAGUGGCUGUGCUUGUUUGUGCUGUUUCUGUGUUUGAGGUGCGAGGCGAAUAAGCCGAGGCGAGGACGAGGCAGCAUGUGGUGGGGCAUUGCAAAAGCAGGCGAACCAAACAAUCUUUCCCCCAUAUCUCCAGGAGUCCUUUACAUGGAUCCAGCUGUCCACGCAACUCUCAGGAGGAAGCAGAGAAGGUUAGCCAGAGAGAACCCUGGGGUUCUUGCAGCCGUAUCUAAGGGAGCAAGCAUGGCUGUAGCUGAAUGCCAGCACCAGUUCAAAUAUAGAAGAUGGAACUGUUCCACAAGAAAUUUUUUAAGAGGGAAAAAUCUCUUCGGCAAAAUUGUUGACAGAGGUUGCCGUGAAACAGCGUUUAUAUACGCGAUUACGAGUGCCGGUGUGACGCAUGCGGUGUCACGCGCAUGCGCCGAGGGCUCCAUCGAGUCCUGCACCUGCGACUACUCGCACGUAGACCGCUCCCCGCACCGCUCCCGCGCCGCCGCCGCCGCCAACGUGCGUGUCUGGAAGUGGGGGGGCUGCAGCGACAACAUCGGCUUCGGCUUCAAGUUCAGCAGGGAAUUCGUCGACACCGGAGAGAGAGGCAAAACCCUCAGAGAGAAAAUGAACUUGCACAACAACGAAGCCGGCAGGAUGCACGUGCAAACGGAGAUGCGCCAGGAGUGCAAAUGCCACGGUAUGUCUGGGUCCUGCACGGUUAAGACCUGCUGGAUGAGGCUGCCGACUUUUCGGUCUGUAGGCGAUGCCUUGAAAGAUGGCUUCGACGGGGCGUCGCGGGUAAUGAUGCCCAAUACAGACGUGGAAGCACCGGCUCAGCGGAACGAUGCCGCUCCUCACAGAGUCCCGCGACGAGACCGAUACAGAUUUCAACUUCGGCCGCAUAACCCUGACCACAAAACACCCGGGGUCAAGGACCUAGUGUACUUAGAAUCAUCGCCGGGUUUCUGCGAAAAGAAUCCCAGGCUGGGCAUUCCCGGUACGCACGGGCGUGCCUGCAACGAUACGAGUAUCGGCGUCGACGGCUGCGACCUAAUGUGCUGCGGCCGCGGUUAUCGGACCGAGACAAUGUUCGUUGUGGAACGAUGCAAUUGCACGUUCCACUGGUGCUGCGAAGUUAAAUGCAAACUGUGUCGCACGGAAAAAGUAGUUCACACGUGUUUAUAGACAAGCGGCAGUUAACGAUGCGUCUGAAGAAACUCUAAGUGUUGGACUUGUGACUCGGACUCGAAAGUGAACCUGUUUAAAAGUAUUCGGAGACAGAUAAGAGGCCGUGUAUAUAACUCUUUACUUUUCUUCGUAUAGGAGUCAUUGAAUUCGUAAUUCAUUUUGACUUAUGUAAAUAGUCCUAUGCCGCUGUUUGUUUCUCGUUAACGCUUAUAAUCCGUGAAAUUAAAAUAAGCGGUUCGUUUAAUUUAUUUGACUGUUAAGUGCGAACUUGUGAUCUAGUGAAGUUUAUUGUUUUGUGAACGCUGCUGUCGGGACACUAAUGAGACCAGUUUUAGGACCACUUAUUCUAUAACCCCGCUUCGCUAUCGGAAUUGGACUUAUUGGUUUCCUUACGCGGUCGGGUGUAUGAAUUAUUAAAAUAACGCGCUUAUUAUGUGACUACUCACCCAGCGAUAUAACCUUAGACUACUUUAAAUGGUAUUGUCUAAUAUCAUUAUAAAGUUGAAAUUGUUAUUAUAUUUUAAUCCAACCGUACGCUUCGUACGGAUAUUAAUUCCAGUUUUACGAACUUUCUAUUUUAUAGGCAUUGGGUGUACUGGUCGUAUUAACUGUUGAGAGUCGAGAGCGAAAUUAUCUUGUAAUUAUAAUUUUAUAUUAAUUAUUUCUGCGGUUAAUGGAAUAUGUGGCUUAACGCAUUAACAUAAAGUACCCUCUUGGGUGUUCGCUAAUAAAGGUUGCAUUCGUCCCUUAUCAUUGAAUAAGUAGCGCCAUCGUAAAAGUGUCCCACAUUAUGAGAUAAAGGCUCUCGAGAAUUUUAAUUAAAUAUUAAACGAAUUAAAUAAUCAGUAUUAUAUGUAUAAUAUGGUAUGCGUGCUACUCCGAUAUUCGAGAUAAAACUGCACGUAAGCCGGAUUGACACUUGUUAUACGUUUUAAACACUCGCGUUUGCUUUUAAAUUGUCCAUUAUUUAUUUAAGCAUGUACAAAGCAUUUUUUUUUUUUUGCUUUUAUAUAUUUUUUAAUUAGUAAGAAGAUAACGCAAACUGUUGAUUCGGGUUAAAUUAUUUUAAUUCAUGCCAAAAUUCACGCUGAAUAUUUUGAUAUAAUUGCUGUAAAUGAUUUCUUACCUACUACUUUUAAGAUAAAGCAAACUAUAAUUGACUGUUUAAAAGCGGAAAAUAUGUUUUGUAUAGUAUAUUAUAACAAUACCGAUAUGUUACAUUUUGUAUUAGACUGAUGAUUUUUCGACAGUUUGCUACAUAAGAUGGGAAGCUUUAUUAAUCGUAAUUAUUUGUUUCAACGUGGAUGAUAUCAUAUGUGAUAUAAAUAUAGUUUAGAUGAUAUUGAUAGAAUAAGUCCUCCACUGAGCUUUAUUGUGUAAUAUAAAAGAAGGCGAGACCGGAAUAGCGCGAUCAUGUAUGUUUGGAAGGUAUUUAUUGAAUAUUUUACUUAAAAUUAUGUUGUUUUUAAAAUUACAUCAAUGAAAUGAUAGUUUUAGUCAUCCGAUUUACGAGUUUAUAACACUCGUCUCUUAUGAUUUUUCUAACUUCCCUACCACUAGAUGCUGAUACGAGUAUAUCGUCAAAUUCAGAUAACACCUGUAGCAAAUUAAAUAAAUUGAGUAUUAUUUAUUAAAAAUUUUACAAAUUAUGUACCUAAUAAAUAAUAGCAUUA